UUUUGAAGAGACCAUUUCUGACGUCAUGUUCUGACGUCACAACAAGGAAGUACGGGUCUCACAACAAGGACAGGAGCAGCUGCGUGUUCAGCCGACUUGUCAAAACUGGCAUGGCGGCGGGGGCAGUGCUGAGGGCUCUCCGGAUCCUGCGCCCCCGGACACUGGCAGCGACCUCAGGCAAGUUUCUGGACGCCGCGGAGUUCGUCCUCCCGCCGGCUUCAUGUGAGCUCUACACGCCGUGGGGCAGCUCCCCUGUCAGGAGGCUGCAGGUGUGCUCCGCCCUCUGUGCAGGACACAACAAGUGGUCAAAGGUGAAACACAUCAAGGGACCUAAAGAUGUGGCGAGGAGCAGGAUGUUCGUGAAGUUUGCAUUACUGAUAAAGGUAGCUGUAAAAGAAGGGGGACCCAACCCAGGGAUGAACGUGAACUUGGCCAACGUGCUGGAGCAGUGCAGAAGCAAGAACAUGCCGAAAUCAUCCAUAGAGAAUGCCAUCAAGACUGCGGCCAAACCGGCAUCCCAGUACACAUAUGAAGCUCGGGGGCCGGGGGGAUGCAUGCUGCUCAUCGAUGUGCUGACUGACAACACCUCAAGCACCUUCCAUGAAAUCAAACGGCUGCUUACAAAGAACAGAGGGAUGCUGUCAGACGGAGUGCGCCACAACUUCAUCAGGAAGGGGGUGGUGGUGGUGCCGGGUCAGAACAUCUCUACGGAGAGAGCUCUGGAGCUGGCCAUCGAGGCGGGAGCCGAAGAUGUCCAGGAGAGCGAGGAUGAGGAAGAACAGCCCGUCCUGAAGUUUAUGUGUGACAUGGUGGACACGAGUAAGGUGCGGGCCUCACUGGGGGAGCUGGGAUUGGAGAUCGCCUCUGCUGGGUUGGAGUUCGUACCUCGCACGUCAUUGUCUCUGAGUGAAGACCAGCUGGAGGCGGCUUUAAUGCUAGUAGAAGCCCUCAGUGACUGUCCAGAUGUAGUUCAAGUCUGGGACAACAUCCAGGCUGACAGCUGAGGACGUAUCGGGGACAUUUUGUGGACACUGAAUAUCUCACAUGUUGGAUAUUAUAUUUUGAAAGAGAAGUAAAAGCUGUACUGUUGUCUGUGUGGGACUCUAAGCGGAAGGGAAUGAUGGUUCUUGUCAUGAUGUCAAGUGUCCUUUCUUAAAUAUAUUCUGUCAAAAUA